ACUUUUAUCGCAUCUGAGAUCGCCUUCCUAAGAACACCGCAGACCAAAAGACGCUAGCGCGAAUACCAGCCACCGGGUCGCGUCGCACGUUCAUUAUAAGCUUUCGUAUCUAUAAUAGAGCCUCCUUCGUGUUCCUCCUUCGCCUCUCUCUCUCUCUCUCUGUCCACUUGCUCACUCUCUCACGCUUAAUCAUAACUCUUUCUGUUCCCUCUCCUAAAUGGCACCCGUGAAGGUCACCAAAAUCUGCUGCAUUGGGGCGGGCUACGUCGGUGGUCCUACCUGUGCCGUUAUUGCGCUCAAAUGCCCCGAGAUUCAGGUCACCAUUGUUGACCUGAACAAGGCGCGUGUCGACGCGUGGAACUCGGAUGACUUUGACCUUCCUAUCUACGAACCUGGUCUGGAGGAGGUUGUUCGCCAGUGCCGCGGUCGCAAUCUAUUCUUCUCCACCGACGUCGAUAAGGGUAUCCUCGAAGCGGACCUCAUUUUUGUCAGUGUGAACACCCCUACCAAAAAGAGUGGUGUGGGCGCAGGCUUUGCUGCUGAUCUCAAUUAUGUCGAGCUGGCUACCCGCCGCAUCGCUGCCGUGGCGACUUCGUCUAAGAUCGUGGUUGAAAAAUCGACUGUGCCCUGCCGCACCGCCGAGUCUAUGCGUACCAUUUUGGAAGCCAAUUCCAAGCCGGGUUGCCGGUUUGAUAUCCUCUCCAACCCGGAAUUCCUGGCUGAAGGAACUGCCAUCACCGAUCUAUUCUCCCCCGAUCGCGUUCUCAUCGGUUCUCUCCAAACCAAAGAGGGAAAAGACGCAUGCCGAUCUCUGACUGACGUUUAUGCUCAUUGGGUUCCGAUCGAACGCAUCGUUACCGUUGGCCUGUGGUCGUCUGAGCUUUCGAAGCUUGCUGCCAAUGCCAUGCUUGCCCAGCGUAUCUCAUCCAUCAAUGCGCUCUCUGCUAUCUGUGAAGCUACAGGUGCCAAUAUCGAUGAGGUCGCCAACGCUGUGGGGAAGGAUUCUCGUGUCGGCCCCAAGUUCUUGCGGGCAUCUGUGGGCUUUGGUGGGAGCUGUUUCCAGAAAGACAUCCUCAACCUGGUGUAUUUGAGCGAGAGCCUCCAUUUGCCUGAGGUGGCCGCGUACUGGAGGCAGGUAGUGGAGAUGAACGAGUACCAGAAGGGCCGGUUCUCAAAGAGAGUGGUUGAUACGCUUUUCAACACUAUCACUGGCAAGAAAAUCGCCAUCCUUGGAUUUGCCUUCAAAGCUGACACAGGGGACACCCGGGAGUCUGCCGCGAUCACCCUUAUCAAGAACUUCCAAGCGGAACGAGCUCUGGUAACCAUAUAUGAUCCUCAGGUGCUGCAUUCACAGAUCUGGUCUGACCUGAUGGAAGCCUCCUCUGGAGUCCCUCUUGAGACCAUCAAGCGCCAGGUCAGCAUAGCAAGCUCAGCUUUGGAAGCUUGCCGCGACGCGGAGGCAGUAGUCAUUGCUACGGAAUGGAAGGAGUUCCGUACGAUAAACUGGGAAGGAGUCUACUCCCACAUGACCAAACCUGCCUUCAUUUUUGAUGGCCGUCUCUUGCUUGAUGCGGAGAAGUUGAGAGAUAUCGGUUUCAAGGUAACUGUAAUCGGCCGAGGCGAGCGUCUUUGAAUCCUCCGUAUAUACCCAGGCGCUGUCUUUCUCUGUUAAAUACCUCUAGAGCCUUAGACGUACUGUUGUAAGAGGCCUGCAGAGCCCACUACAUAAUCAUGUGUUGACAUA